AGAGAUAGCUACACAGAGAAGCAGAGUGUGUGAUAGAGGGCACUGCACCGGAUGACAUUCAACUAACGGGAGGGUAAUCGUAAUCGUCACCCGUACAAUCCCACCACUUCCUAAUCUGGAUUAGGUAUACGUGUGUUGACGUCGGUUAACCGUUCUUGUUUAGUAACACGCAAACGAUGAUAUCAUCUUCGCCUGUACGUCCUUCUCCCAGGAAAACAACGAGAAAAAAAAAACACGCAUCCUUCCCGUGCAGAAGGAGGGACCCCCACGCAACUCUCGCACGGAAGAGAUACCCGUCUUACCAGGCGAGUCCAGCUCUCGUACCCAGAAUGGCAGGAACUCGAAACCACGGGUUAGUCACAGCUUUUGUUGUCCAUAUCGUGGUGUGUGUGUGUGUGUGUGUGCCUGUGUGUUUCUACAACAGCAGACACAAGCGUGGUUUAUGACCCACCGUUAGUGGAUUGUGUAGUCUGUUUUCCACAGCUCUUUGUAGUUGGUCUAGUAUUCCUCCCGUGGUAUCGGGAUUUUCUAC